AUGCAGAGCGGCUCAUCCGAGGAGCGCGUUUCCUCACACAUGGAGGCGCGUGAUAGUGCUCCAACUGCAUCUAGUAUGCCAUCAUUGAGGCUGACGGCGACGGCGACGGCGACGGCGACAGCGAGGCUGACAUAUGCACACGUAUCACGUCCGCGUCCGCCAGCGCAUCUACCACGUUCAGACGCAUAUGGUGGCUCCCCGAGUGCAUCGACGACAUCAUCAUCGACGGCGACGGCGAGGCCGACAUGUGCACACGAAGCAGCUCAUCCGCCACAAGUGCAUCAUCUAGGCUCAGGCGCAUGUGGUGGCUCCCCGAGUGCAUCGACGACAUCAUCAUCGACGGCGACGGCGAGGCCGACAUGUGCACACGAAGCAGCUCAUCCGCCACAAGUGCAUCAUCUAGGCUCAGGCGCAUGUGAUGGUUCCCCGAGUGCAUCGACGACAUCAUCAUCGACGGCGACGGCGAGGCCGACAUGUGCACACGAAGCAGCUCAUCCGCCACAAGUGCAUCGUCUAGGCUCAGGCGCAUGUGGUGGCUCCCCGAGUGCAUCGACGACAUCAUCAUCGACGGCGACGGCGAGGCCGACAUGUGCACACGAAGCAGCUCAUCCGCCACAAGUGCAUCGUCUAGGCUCAGGCGCAUGUGGUGGCUCCCCGAGUGCAUCGACGACAUCAUCAUCGACGGCGACGGCGAGGCCGACAUGUGCACACGAAGCAGAUCAUCCGCCACAAGUGCAUCGUCAAGGCUCAGACGUGAGCCAUAUAAACCAUACGACGAAGAAGUUGUUGUCGUUGUGGUUGUUGGCGAGGCCGACGGCGACGGUGAAGGCGACGGUGAAGGUACUAAGAUCGGAUGCAAGACGGUGCGGUCCUGAUUUAUCCACAACGGCAGAGCAAGCACGUUGCAACUGCAGAGAACAGUGCAGAUCACGAACACACAGAUGA